AUGAGAUCUAUACGCCACCCGUCCGUGGCUUGGUCGGCGUACAACAGCACUACACCAAAGAGCUCAUCACGAUCUAUUCUCAAAGCAGUCCUUUCGGCAGAACAGGCAGAAGGUCAAGGCGCGCGCGUUCGCCGAUCCAUUGGUCGACCAGAAUUACGGAACCAUGACCCUUUUCUGAUGUUGGAUGAAUUUCUUGUGGAUAAAAAUGGCGGUUUUCCCGAUCAUCCACACCGUGGAUUCGAGACUGUAACAUAUAUGCUGGAAGGGCAGUUCCAGCACGAGGACUUUGCAGGACACAAGGGAACAAUUGGGCCUGGAGAUCUACAAUGGAUGACAGCGGGUCGUGGAAUCGUUCACUCAGAGAUGCCGGUCAAGUCUCAAGAUCGAGCACAUGGACUUCAGCUUUGGAUCAAUUUACCCAAGGAGCACAAGAUGUGUAAGCCUCAAUACCAAGAAUUGUUGGACAAGGAGAUUCCUCGGGCAAUGCCUGAAGAUGGUGUAGUGAUAAAAGUGAUCGCAGGAGAGUCACAUGGUGUCCGGAGUAAAGUAUAUACUCGAACACCAACUAUGUACCUUGAUUUUAAGAUGGAUAUGCACAAGACUGUGGAGCAAACGAUUCCCGCCAGCUAUACUGGAUUCAUUUAUACACUCAAGGGCACAGUGUUUGUAGGGGAUGAUGGAUUCGAGGGAAGAGCACAUCAUACACUGACAUUCUCGGAGGAUGGAAAGGAGUUGGUGAAGGUCUCGACUAGAGAUGAAGACGCACACUUUGUGUUGAUCGCAGGCGAGCCAUUGAGGGAGCCGAUUAUACAGUAUGGUCCAUUCGUGAUGAAUUCGCAGGAGGAGAUCUAUGAGACGUUCGAGGACUACCAGCAUGGCAAGAACGGUUUUGAACGGGCCAGGAAUUGGAAGUCAGAUAUUGCUCAAAUAUAA